CAAGCCUGCUGCCUGCUGGGCAUCCGAAACCUUGGGCAGUGACGGGCGUAGGCUGUGCUAUAGGGUCGAGUGGUAUCCAGGAGGAUGAAGCAGGUAGAGUUGCAGGGAUGCUGCACUGGGAGGAUAAUGAUAAAAAAGUCUCGGGGAGGUAGACGCACUGGCCUUGGAGCCUAAGACUGAACUGAACCCCUAGUAGUAAGGAGGGUGGGGAAAACCUGGGGUACUAGGGGAAUGCUAGGAGGAGCACAGAGACACAUCUGGGAAGAAAGGGCACUCACGCAUGAAGGCCGCCUGUGCAUUUCGGGAUGGCCUGCCAUCUGUCUGUUCCUUAUGUUCCCCAGGGCCUAGUGGAUGAUACUGAGGAUGUGUCCCUGGACUUCGGCAAUGAAGAGGAGCUGGCCUUCAGGAAGGCCAAGAUCAGGCACCCCCUGGCUACCUUCUUCCACCUGUUCUUCCGAGUGAGUGCCAUUGUCACCUAUGUGUGCUGCGACUGGUUCAGCAGGAGCUUUGUGGGCUGCUUUGUCACCGUGCUCCUCCUCUUGUCCUUUGACUUCUGGUCUGUGAAGAAUGUAACAGGAAGACUCAUGGUGGGUCUUCGAUGGUGGAACCAGAUAGAUGAAGACGGGAAAAGCCACUGGAUAUUUGAAUCCAGAAAGGUCUCUGCAAACCAUAUGGCUGCCACUGAAGCAGAGGCACGCAUCUUCUGGCUCGGUCUCAUCAUCUGCCCAGUGAUCUGGACUGUGUUCUUCUUCAGUACCUUGUUCUCCUUGAAGCUGAAGUGGCUGGCUCUCGUGGUUGCUGGCAUUUCCCUCCAAGCUGCGAACCUCUAUGGCUACAUCCUCUGUAAGAUGGGGGGCGACGGUGAUAUGAGCACAGCUGCAGCUAGCUUUCUGUCCCAGACAGUGUUUCAGACGGAUUCCCCAGGUGACUUUGAGAAGCCCAGGAUGGAAGGGCUGGACAUCCACCAGCACUAGGCUGCUGUGGCUGGUGAAUCUGGGGCUUCAACAAAAAAAGACUGGCCUUUGUCACAGCUCCUGCCUUAAAGAGAUGGAGAAAAGGAGAAAAGGAGAAAAGGAGAGCGUUGGAAAAGCCUUGCUCUUUUGUGCCUGCUUCAGUGUGGCUGCCUGGGGCUCCCUGCUGGGACAGUAAAGGAGGAAAGACACAACAUGGGCCCCAGCUGUGUCCCUCCUCAGCAACAGACGAUGUUGCCUUGCUGUGGCCACAAGUCAGUUGGGUAGCAUGUGGCAAAGGCAGAUUCUAGGCCCAAAGAACUGUUUUCCUCUGCUCUGGGUGGCCCAGAGGUCUGCAAGAGAUUCACUAACCCGCAGCCCAGGAAAAAUGAGAGUACGGAAAGGGAACCAGCUGGGGCUCUCAACAAACAACUAAGAAAGGGAAUGAGGAGGGGCGAGCUUCUGGGCAUCUCUGAGGAAACACACGUGUAAACGUGGAACACACACUGACUCUUAGGUGAGCAGAACCCUCAGUGCACACACCCUGUCCUCUGCCUACCCCCCCUAUCAUGUCAUCUUUAUGGUUCUUUCCAGCUGCAUAGUCACUCACAUGCGCACGGAUGCACACACUCACCAUCCUGAGUAUGGAACCCAGGGGAACCUCCCUCAAGCCCCGGUCCCCAUGUUGCUACUCAAGGCCCUGUUCAAACACCUCAGUCCUCUCUUCCCUGACAGGAAAAAGCCAGCUCCCACACUUGGGUACAUAGUCAUCUGCAGCUGAACCCAAUCCACCUCAGGCUCUGAGACCCAGGCACCUGGUCCUGCCCCACCUCCUGCCCCCAUCACGGGAGUCGACCACUCCGGCAAGCUCAACUCUUACUCUGGGGAAAGUGAAAUCUAUGGGGCAGUAGAGCCCCUGUCCCCUCACAGCAAACCAAUACCUGGGUGAGCCUGGGAUAGAGAGAGAUGCACAUCACUCCCUCAUCUGAAGACCAUUUAGAGCAGAAAUCCUAGGACACCCAACACGGUGUAUAUGUCAAAGC